CCUAGUCUCUUUAGAAUGCACGGAACUCUCGAAAAUGGCGGCGACGUGAGGCAGGAACUCGUGAGUUUAGAAGUUGUAUUCGACUUGACCACCAUGAAUCGACCAUCAGUAGAUCAAGUCAGGGCUGUAAUUAGCGCCUUGUACAAUGACUCCGAUCCAGGUGGAAAAGAGAAGGCUUCACAGUGGCUUCAAGAACUUCAGCGUUCGGUUUAUGCCUGGGAAAUAGCUGACCAGCUUUUGAGACUAAACAUCAAUGUAGAAACAAGUUAUUUUGCUGCGCAGACUAUGCGCACAAAGGUUCAAUACUACUUUCAUGAACUGCAACCUGCACAGUACCAGUCCUUAAAAGUUUCACUUCUGGAUCAUCUCUUUACUCUUCAUGGUGUCUCUCAUGCAAUUGUUACUCAGGUAAGCAACAUUUGCACCUCUUUCUUAGAUAGUAAUCUCCUAGUUGUGGUUUUUCAUUGCCUUUGGCUUGUAUACAGACUUUACCUUUUACCUUAUGUAUUCUUUUCAAUUGGUUAUUUUAGAUUUGGCACAACAGUAGAGAGACUACCUGUCCUACUGGAGAUUUUAACAGUUCUUCCUGAGGAGGUUGGAAGUCACCACCUUAGAGUAGGAGCAAAUAGGAGAGAUGAAGUUAUACAUGAACUCCGUGCCUCAGCUGCUACAGUUCUCAGUCUCCUUACAGCAUGUGUGAGCCAGUUUCCAAAUGAUUCAAAUGUGAAAGUCAGGAUGUUUCGUUGUGCUGGUAGUUGGGUGACGUUAAGUGCAUUUCCACCAGCUGAAUUUGUACAGAGUGAUCUGCUCAAGUCAACAUUCAGUACACUGCAUGAGGCAGAUUCCAGUGAUAUGUUACAUGAAGUAGCUGCAGACUUUGUUUGCAACUCACUUUAUACAUCUGAGAACCUUGACAAACAGCGGCAGUUAGCUGAAGGACUCUUUAAAUUUGUCAUGGAGUUACCACCUGCUUAUGAGAAAGCUGUACAAAGUGAGGACUUUGACAGAGCUCUUAACUUGUGCAGAGUUUUCACUGAAAUGGGAGAGUCAUUUUUACCUGUUAUUGUAGAGUCUCCUGGAAGGGAUCUUGGAGACUUAAGAACACUCAGUAUUAUACUGGCUUGUGUGAAACACUAUCAAUAUGAGGUUGCAGAGGUUACAUUCAACUUUUGGUAUCGACUGUCGGAGGCGUUAUUCAAGGGUGAAGACGAAGCCAAGACAGCCCUUUUCAGACCGUAUUUUGAAAGCCUGUUUGAAGCACUGUGUGUCCACUGCCGACUAGAAACUGAUGCUCAAGGAAUCCCAGAUGACAGUGAUGAAUUUGGGGAGUUUCGUCUCAGGGUAGCAGAUCUUAUCAAGGAUUGUGUGUUUAUUGUAGGAUCAGGAAAUUGUUUCAGCCAGAUGUACAACAGCAUUGUUCAGCAAGGAAACACAAUACCUUGGGAAGCAACAGAGGCCAUUUUGUUUGUGAUGUCAACAGUUGCUAGGAAUGUACCACUGGAUUUUGAAAUAGUUGGCCAUGUCCUGCCAGUGGUUUUAAACUUACCAUCAAGCUGCCAUGUUGCUGUUAGACAUACCAACAUUAAAGUUGUGGGUGAACUAGCAGAGUGGAUAGAAAAGCAUCCAGACUAUCUUGGUACGUGUGCCCUAUACAUGGUGUGGUUUGAUUUGUUUUUGGCUCUUAAUUUCACAGAACGGUGUGUUAAUUUUUUUUGCCCCACUCUAGUUUUAGGGAACUCGUGGAAAAGUCAUUUUGGUGUCUCUCUGUUCUUCUCUUCUCAAUGGAUCUUGACCUUCACUUUAUCGUAGGUGGUGAUUGCAGCUGAUUCACUAUCUAUCUCUCAUGAUUCUUAUAUUGGACUCCUCAAAGGGGUGUGUAAGGUUCUGGAAGGAAUUCACAAUGACAAACUUUCCGAAGGCUUACAUUCUAUAUGUAGGAUUCACAUAACGUCUCUUAAACAGAUUCUAUCAGCACCUGUGAACUCGUAUCCAGACCCUACCCUUUGGCUAGACAGACUAGCAGCUACAUUUAGAUAUAUUAAUCCCAAAGUAGACAAUGGAAAGGUACAUCCAGCUCUGGUAGUUGUGGAGGAGGUGUGGCCAAUACUGUCUAGUAUCUGUGACAAAUAUCGGGCUGACCUUAAGAUCAUUGAGAGAUGUUGCAGGUGUAUUAGAUUUGCAAUUCGCUGCCUCGGCAAAUCAGCCAUAAACUUACUCUCGCCUUUGGUAUCACAGAUGGUGGGUGUAUACGGUACCAAUCCCCACUCGUGUUUCCUGUACCUGGGCAGUAUAUUAGUUGAUGAGUAUGGUGACGAAUCUGGAUGUGUUCCCGGACUUAUUGGCAUGACAAUGGCUUUCUGUGGGCCGGCAUUUCAACUUUUGAGUCGAGAAAAAGGAAUGAUUGAACAUCCUGACACUAUAGAUGAUUUAUUUAGGUUAUGUGGCAGAUGCCUUCAGAAAUGUCCUUUGGCAUUUCUCAAGUGUGAAGUUGCUGUCCCUGCUAUCCACUGUGCUGUAGUUGCCAGUACUCUCGAACACAGAGACGCCAACUUGUCCGUGAUGAAGUUUCUUAAAAGUCUUAUUAACUGUGCUUCAGAGAAGGUGAAACUGUCGCAGAAUGAUUUUCAAGAGAGGCUUACCUUAGUGCAGAAGAUUCUUGCUGUUCACGGCCAAAACAUUAUCACAGGUCUGAUUCAGGCGUGCGCUGGUGCCCUGCCAUCUUACAUGGUGUUGGAUGUAGCUGAAGUUCUGUGGGAAUUCCUUACAUUCUGUCGAGAGGAGACGUCCAAGUGGGUGCAAGUUUCACUCCAGAAUAUUCAAACCCAAUCUGUCCCUGGCAGUGUGAUAGCUACUCCUCAACAACUUCAAGAGUUUCAUAACGCUUUGAUAGGUUCUCCAAAUCAAGAUGCUGUUUGGAAAGCAUCCAAGCGCUUUUCUCGCCUGUUCAGAUGAGACAAGACGAGUCGAUGUAACAAGGACAGCCACGCAAUGGGAACGUUGUGCAUAGUGACGUCACAGUGCUGGGACAGAGUCAGUCAAAGACCGUCAGCGAUUAGCGCCCAGCACAGGGCCUGGGAACCAGUCACGUUCAAAAGCAAGAAGUGUCGAGGAACAUGUCAAGAUUGUGCAAAAAUUGAGAGAGAAGCACGAUUUCAGAAGGACAGAACUGAAUAGCAGUUGUAUAAUUAUUUUAAAUGCUCGGGAGGAAUCUGAGCACAUUGCUUCUUUGAAGCAAAGAAGCGGAACUUUAUUUGGAUUUUAAUAUUUGUCGCGUUCUGUUACUUGCCAAGGAAGAGAGAUGUAGUAAAGAACGAAUAGGAACAUCCACUAGACUUGACAGAUGACCAAAACUGAUGGAUCUGGCUUUUAUGAUAAGGUUGCCACGCAUCUUUUACUAUCUAAACGCAACAGAAUCAGUUUUUUUUUUUGUCUGUUGACAUUUGGAUUGUAUUGUCUUAACGUAGCUUCUUAAAUAAGUUAUCUUUUAGUAAACUGGAAUUUAUAUAAUAACAGGUGUAUCUUAAUGUAAUCUAACAGUUUUUUUUCGGCUUUAAUCCUGAACUCUUCCCCCUCCAACAUAGACCAUUCAGGAGAUUUUAAAGAGUAAUUUAAGUGUACUCUUUCGUUGCAAUACUAACAUAUGACCAAUAGUAAUUAGUGAGGAAAAGUAAUUUUUGAAACACGAGAGAGAGGUUUUCAUCACAUUUCUAACUGCGUGGCUGAGUAUUUUUGAAGAACUUCGUCAGAGGUGUGUGAAUAUGUGUAAGACACUGUCUUGACUGUUCGAUAAAUCUAAAUCUUACGAGAAAAUGGAGCAAUAAAUUGUAGAAAUCUAUCCGAAUCUUCUAACAAUAGGGUCACCGAGGUCCAGCUUUAUUCGGCAGGUUCGGCGAGAUUCUCUUGACACAAGCUUAAGAAAGUGUUGUAUCGCGAAGGUUAUCAUAGUGAAUGUUGUACUACUCAAGAGGAGUAUAUCGUAAAAUUGCGGCCGUAAGCCCUGGGCUAUUUGCUUUUUGAUGCAUUAACCUUAUUUUAUUAAUUCGUUUGUAGUGUAAAAUCACCAGAAAGUAUUCUGUUAACAGAAAAAGUGCCUUCUCGCUUCCAUAAGCCUACAAUUCUUAAUCUGCUGACCUGUAAGGAGUCCAUCAAGAAAACGGGGCCUUCUUAAAAGGACUUUUUCCAUGCAAACUUUUUAGUUUCCCCGAGACUAAGCAAUUUUCCCAAGGACCAAGCAAUAUACUUAUUUUCCACAAGGCGCUUAUUAGCAACCUCUUACUGUGUCUGUGUUUGUUGCUUUCAGUCCUUGACAAGUUUUUAUGGUUCAGCCUCGCUCGGCGUUUGCAUGUUUCUCAAGCCCAGAGGCUUGAAAAAAACCCUUCCUAAUACAAGAACUACCAAGAACUUAAAGUUGGAACAGAUGUUGAACAUUCUAUGCUGAGUUGACUGUUUCCACUGAAAAUGUUCCAUGUAAAUAAUUCAUUUUUGUUUGCGGUUUACCUCCAGGCUUUUUACCUAUGUACAUGCAGACUGGGAGCGUGGAUAAUAAUAUAAGCUACUGUAGGUACUACCAAAUCUUUAUUAUGGUGCAACCUCUUUACCAGUGCAGAUAGUAAACUUUUAAACUUUGGUGCAUGUUCCUCGUCAGUCGAUCGCGUUUUAGCAGUUCCUAUAAGUAUCCGAGUUUGCCUGAGUUUAUAUGUCUCUGUUUUCUGAAAAUUAUACUGUGCCAUUUUCAAUUAAACUCAUCACAAAUAGAUGAGCUUGGGAGCUGGUGCCUUAAAGGUUAGCGGGGUGCCAGAGCCAUAAGCCGCUAGGAGGUAUCCAUGGCAACCCUGGAAAGCAGGAACCACCCAAUGAGCGUCCGCUAACCGGCACCGUUACACUCUAAGAAAUCCAGUGGAAACUACUAACCUGAAGAAUACUUACCCUGACCAAGAACAAAACGGGAGGGAGGAGAGGGUGCAAGAAUCUGCAAUGAUUCGCGAGCAAAGCAGUGCAACUGAUCCGCAACAAUCAGCAGAAUA